GCUCAUUCAGCGGUCGGGAGCUGCCCGCGAGGGGGAGCGGCCGGACGGAGAGCGCGACCCGUCCCGGGGGUGGGGCCGGGCGCAGUGGCGAGAGGAGGAGAAGGUGGCCGCGGCAGCAGCAGCGCGGCAGCCCCGGACCCAGCCCGCAGCGCAGGGCGGCCGCCGCAGUCCCCGCUCCCCUCCCGGUGCGCCCGCCCAUGGCGGCUGCGGGGCAGCUGUGCCUGCUCUACCUGUCGGCGGGGCUCCUGCCCCGGCUCGGCGCAGCCUUCAACUUGGACACCCACGAGGACAAUGUGAUCCGGAAAUCUGGGGACCCCGGGAGUCUCUUCGGCUUCUCGCUGGCCAUGCACUGGCAGCUGCAUCCCGAAGACAAGCGGCUGUUGCUGGUGGGGGCGCCUCGGGCAGAAGCUCUUCCACUGCAGAAAGCCAACAGGACAGGAGGCCUGUACAGCUGCGACAUCACCUCCCGGGGGCCGUGCACACGGAUUGAAUUUGAUAACGAUGCUGACCCUACGUCGGAGAGCAAGGAAGAUCAGUGGAUGGGGGUCACUGUCCAGAGCCAAGGUCCAGGGGGCAAAGUUGUGACCUGUGCUCAUCGAUAUGAAAAAAGGCAACAUGUUAAUACGAAGCAGGAAUCCCGAGACAUCUUUGGGAGGUGUUACGUCCUGAGCGAGAAUCUCAAGAUUGAAGAUGAUAUGGAUGGGGGAGACUGGAGCUUUUGUGACGGCCGAUUGAGAGGCCAUGAAAAAUUCGGCUCUUGCCAGCAAGGGGUAGCAGCUACUUUUACUAAGGACUUUCAUUACAUUGUGUUUGGAGCUCCGGGCACUUACAACUGGAAAGGGAUUGUUCGUGUAGAGCAAAAGAAUAACACUUUUUUUGACAUGAACAUCUUUGAAGAUGGGCCUUAUGAAGUUGGAGGAGAGACUGAGCAUGAUGAAAGUCUCGUUCCCGUCCCGGCUAACAGUUACUUAGGCUUUUCUCUGGACUCAGGGAAAGGUAUUGUUUCCAAAGAUGAGAUCACUUUUGUAUCUGGCGCGCCAAGAGCCAAUCACAGUGGAGCUGUGGUUUUGCUAAAAAGAGACUUGAAGUCUGCACAUCUUCUCCCGGAGCACAUAUUUGAUGGGGAAGGUCUGGCUUCUUCAUUUGGCUAUGACGUGGCAGUGGCGGACCUCAACAAAGAUGGGUGGCAAGAUAUAAUUAUUGGAGCGCCACAGUAUUUUGAUAGAGAUGGUGAAGUUGGAGGUGCAGUGUACGUCUACAUUAACCAGCAAGGCAGAUGGAAUAAUGUCAAGCCAGUUCGCCUUAAUGGAACUAAGGAUUCUAUGUUUGGCAUUGCAGUCAAAAAUAUUGGGGAUAUUAAUCAAGAUGGCUACCCAGAUAUUGCUGUUGGAGCUCCUUAUGAUGAUAUGGGAAAAGUUUUUAUUUAUCAUGGAUCUGCAAAUGGAAUAAAUACCAAACCAACACAGGUUCUUGAGGGUACGUCACCUUAUUUUGGAUAUUCAAUUGCUGGAAAUAUGGACCUUGAUCGAAAUUCCUACCCUGACGUUGCUGUUGGUUCCCUCUCAGAUUCAGUCACUGUUUUCAGAUCCCGGCCUGUGAUUGAUAUUCAGAAAACCAUCACAGUAACUCCUAAGAGAAUUGACCUCCGCCAGAAAACUGCGUGCGGGGCGCCCAGUGGGAUAUGCCUCAAGGUUAAAGCCUGUUUUGAAUAUACUGCCAAACCUGCAGGUUAUAAUCCUUCGAUAUCAAUUGUGGGCACACUUGAAGCUGAAAAAGAAAGAAGAAAAUCUGGCCUGUCAUCGAGAGUUCAUUUUCGAAACCAAGGUUCUGAGCCCAGGUAUACUCAAGAACUAACUCUGAAUAGGCAGCAGCAGAAAAUGUGCAUGGAGGAAACCCUCUGGCUACAGGAAAAUAUCAGAGAUAAGCUGCGUCCCAUUCCCAUAACUGCUUCAGUGGAGAUCAAAGAGCCAACCUCUCGUAGGCGAGUGAAUUCACUUCCAGAAGUUCUUCCAAUUCUGAAUUCAAAUGAACCCAAGACUGUUCAUACAGAUGUACACUUCUUAAAAGAGGGAUGUGGAGAUGACAAUGUGUGUAAUAGCAACCUUAAACUAGAAUACAAAUUUUGUACCAGAGAAGGAAGUCAAGACAAAUUUUCUUAUUUCCCAAUUCAAAAAGGUGUUCCAGAACUAGUUCUAAAAGAUCAGAAGGAUAUUGCUUUAGAAAUAACAGUGACAAACAGCCCUUCCAAUCCAAGGAAUCCUGCAAAAGAUGGUGAUGAUGCACAUGAAGCUAAACUCAUUGCAACAUUCCCAGACACUUUGACUUAUUCUGCAUAUAGAGAACUGAGGGCCUUCCCCGAGAAACAGUUGAGUUGUGUUGCCAACCAGAAUGGCUCGCAAGCGGACUGUGAUCUUGGAAAUCCUUUUAAAAGAAAUUCCAGUGUUACUUUUUAUUUGAUUUUAAGUACAACAGAGGUCACCUUUGACACCACAGAUCUGGAUAUUAAUCUGAAGUUGGAAACAACAAGCAAUCAAGAUAAUUUGGCUUCAAUUAUAGCUAAAGCAAAAGUGGUUAUUGAACUGCUUUUAUCGGUCUCUGGAGUUGCUAAACCUUCCCAGGUGUAUUUUGGAGGUACAGUUGUUGGUGAGCAAGCUAUGAAAUCUGAAGAUGAAGUGGGAAGUUUAAUAGAGUAUGAAUUCAGGGUAAUUAACUUAGGUAAACCUCUUAAAAACCUUGGCACAGCAACUUUGAAUAUUCAGUGGCCAAAAGAAAUUAGCAAUGGCAAAUGGUUGCUUUAUUUGGUGAAAGUAGAAUCCAAAGGAUUGGAAAAGAUAACUUGUGAGCCACAAAAUGAAAUAAACCUCCUGAACCUAAAGGAAUCCCACAACUCAAGAAGAAAACGGGAAAUUGCUGAAAAACAGAGAGAUGAUAACAGAAAAUUUUCUUUAUUUGCUGAAAGAAAAUAUCAGACCCUUAACUGCAGCGUGAACGUGAACUGUGUGAAUAUCAGGUGCCCGCUGCGAGGGCUGGACAGCAAGGCCUCUCUGGUUUUGCGCUCCAGGUUAUGGAACAGCACGUUUCUAGAGGAAUAUUCCAAACUGAACUACUUGGACAUUCUCGUGCGCGCUUCCAUCGAUGUGACUGCCGCUGCCGAAAACAUCAAGCUGCCAAAUGCAGGCACUCAGGUUCGUGUGACUGUGUUUCCCUCAAAGACCGUAGCUCAAUAUUCAGGAAUACCUUGGUGGAUCAUCCUAGUGGCUAUUCUUGCUGGGAUUUUGAUGCUUGCUCUAUUAGUGUUUUUACUAUGGAAGUGUGGUUUCUUCAAGAGAAAUAAGAAAGAUCAUUAUGAUGCCACCUAUCACAAGGCUGAGAUCCAUGCUCAGCCGUCUGAUAAAGAAAGGCUUACUUCUGAUGCAUAGUAGUGAUCUACUUCUGUAAUUGGACACAGUUACCAUGUGGAUUAUUAAUGAAACAGCUUAAUUGAAAACAUAACAGCAGAUCCAGUCAACAUAAAUUACCUUCUAGCUAAUGGGAGAUAUUGUGUAUGUACUGGAGCCUCAGAGGAGAGAAGAUUCUUAAAUCGAUCCAUUGGAACACUGGCAUAUUCAAGCAGUAAUUUGUAAAAUAUUUGUGACCUGAUUUCCAUUCUAUUAAUAGGAGAGGGGCAUGAAAUAGUCUUUGGUUUAUACCUUCAAAAAAUUCUUAAAAUGAUCUAAUCUGGAAAUUAGACCUUUUACAUAUAAUAUUGUGAUUAUUUUUAAAAAUGGAAGCAUGGUUUCAUAAUAAACUCUUAAAUUGUUAGUAAAGGGGUAGCUUACAUUGUUAUAAAAUGUUAAGACAAGAUGAAAUGGACUUUUCUUCCAGUUUUACAGCUGCUCUUCUCUUCCAUUGAUCCCCAGUGGCUAUUACUUCUUUUCAACCUGUUAGUUCUUUCUUAAAAGAAACCGGUGUCUUUUUUCCCUUAGUCCAAAGGUAGACAUAGCUGAACAGAAAGCUUAGACAUUCCCAUUUAGUGUACUUGCAGUUCUUGAGAUUAAUUCACUUGUUUCUGUUUCUAUUUCCCCUUUUCCAGUGUGGAUUCUUUAAACGCUCUAGGUACGAUGAUAGCGUUCCCCGAUACCACGCCGUAAGGAUCCGGAAAGAAGAGCGAGAGAUCAAAGAUGAAAAAUACAAUGAUAACCUUGAAAAAAAACAGUGGAUCACAAAGUGGAAUGAAAAUGAAAGCUACUCAUAGGGAGGCCAAAAAAAAGCUUCACGGCACCCCUGCUUUUUUUUUUUUUUCCUAACUCAGAAAUUCAAGUGGAUUUAAAAGCCUGUUCAAUACCCGAGGAUUGAUUUCAGAGUGACCACACAACUUUAUGAACCUACAGUUUUAACUGUGGAUAUUGUUACGUAGCCUAAGGCUCCUGUUUUGCACAGCCAAAUUUAAAACUGUUGGGAUGGAUUUUUCUUUAACUGCCUUAAUUUAACUUUCAGGGUUGCCUUUGUUUUUGAUGUGGCUGACGUACAAGUGCCCAGCUGCACUCGGGCGAUAUCCUCCUGAUAGCGUAGCUGGAGGAAGGCACCUCAGAUCGCCUGCACUAACAGUGGCUGUCCUAACCUCGGCACUGCCGCUGCAGACAUCCUUCGAGUUAACUGCCCCACGUCACAAGACUAUGCCACCAGGGUAGUGCUGUCUUAAAUUACAUGUGCAAUAGAAGGUGACAUUGCCAUCCUGCCAUCUUUUCCCGUUUCCUAGAUGUGUGAAUACUUGCUCACGCCAAAUGCAUCCAGGUUUCAUUCUCCCUUUCACUAAAACACACAGGCCCACAGACUUGAAUGCUAGUUAUUUGUAUAUGGUAUUUAUUUUUUCUUUUCUUUCUUUUUUUUUUUUUACAAGCCAUUUUGUUAUUGACUAACAGGCCAAAGAUUCUCUAGUUUACCCUUCAGGUUGGUUUAAGCAAUCAGAAUUAGAACCUGGGAGGCCAUCGGUUUGACCUAAAUCAUUUACUGCAAAAAGAGAAUAAUUCUUUAUAAAUGGACCAGAGAGUUGUUUUAAUAACUUGAACUUAUUUGUAAAUUAUAAUAUCUCCUUCAUGACACACACCCUCCCUACCCCACCCCCACCAACCCAAAAGGUUUAAGAAAUAUGAGUAACUGUAAGAUGUUUAAUGUUUAUCAGGCAUCAGAUAUUUUUUUAGUUUAGAGCCCUGUGUGAUAUUUCUGAAUUUCAUGUUAUAACUUUCAGGAACUUUGGGGAGCAAAUGGCUUUGUUCAUUGAAGCAGUUUUCUCACUGCUGCAAAUACUGUGUAUUCAGGACUUGAAAGAAAUGGUGGGUGCCUAUGGUGGAUCCGAAGCGAUCCAGUGUGAGACUACUGAAUGAAUACCUGCUACCACAACAGCGACUCUAGUCAGAUCCAACAUCACGAAUUUUAUGUUUUUAAAUGUUAUAGGAACCAUUUAAUCAAGGAGUCAAUGUUCUGUGUUUUGUUUCAUUUCCUCCCCUAUCUAUAUUCCCAAAAUAACUUUGGGACUAAUUUAACAAGAACUUUAAAUUUUUUUAAAUUGUAAAAAUGGCCAGGGAGGCAGAAAUAUUAUUCUAUACAUUCAAUAGAGAUUGAAUAGGUAUAAAAGCUAAAUUUUUUUUAGUUACUGUGCUUCAGAAUUUUAAGUUAUAUGGGGAGCAACAGCAAAUAGGUGCUAAUUCGUUGGAUAUAAUACAAGCAGUAUCUGAGUCUUUUAAAGGAACAAAAUACAGUUGUAUGUGCCAUCGUUGCUUUGGAGGGUUUUUUUUUUUUCUCUUUUCAGAAAUCUUAUACCCCUAAGAUACUGAGUACAUUAUUUUGGUUGUACUUGGCAUUUUUAUUCAUAAAAUUAGUUUUACAAAUCAUACUUUGUUUACAAAAAUUUCUCUGUAACAGGCUAUAACAGUGUUUAAAGUCUCAGUUUCUUGCUUGGGUAACUUGGAGCCUAAUGCUCUGGCUUUUAAGUUGCCAAGGAGCUGGUAUUUUGACCAUGUUUAUGGACCUUUGUUAUAAGAAUAAAUGCCCUGAAAAGGGGGUGGGACUGAGGGAGGGGCUGAACAACAAAGAAACACGAAUGUUAUGAUGUUUAAACUUGUUUAAAAUGUCAUCUCAAGUCUAGUCACUGGUCUGUUUGCAUUUGAUACAUUUUUAUACUAACUAGCAUUGUAAAAUUAUUUCAUGAUCAGAAAAUACCUGUGGAUAUUUGUAUAAAAGUGUGAAAUAAAUUUUUUUACAAAAGCGUU